UUAAACAAAUUCUACAAUUUGAUUUGUUAUAGUAUUGCGGAAGCCACGUGCUGCACAGGGCUCUGUUUGACGAUGAAUACACAGAUCUGUGUUGCGAUACCAACUACUGUAAUAUGGGCGAGAACAUGAAACUCACUACAGUUACUACAGGUCCCACAAAUACCGCCACAUCAACCACUGCUGCAAGAGUUACUACGGCUGCUACCACUGAUACCCUUUCUACUACUACCAGCACUAGCAUCAGAUCUACCAGAACGUCACCUUCUACAACACCCACUACAACAGAUGCCACCACAACGACGCCUACUACAAUCACUACCACCCCCGCGAUAACAACUACCACAACACCUUCUACAACAACCACUACAUCGACAACUGCCACCACACAAAAACCAACAACUCCCACUACCACCACGACACCCACAACAACAACUACCACUACAACCACUACGACACCUUCUACAACAUCAACCACUACAACCACCACGACUCCUUCUACAACAUAUACCACCACGACCGCUACGACACCUACAACAAUUAUAGCAACCACUACUACUACUACAACAACACCUACAACACUUCCUCCAGGAGUGCUCUGUCAAAGUUGCACGUCGUUCUUGUGUUUAGCGACACACAAUUUCCAGAUGUGUGAAUAUCCUACGAGGUACUGCUACACGAACAUCAAGGUCUCUAGCAAUGGUCAAGUGGAACUGACGAAGAAGUGUGCCUCUAAACAGACCUGUCAGAAAUUGUGGUGGCAGCAAUCUUCGGACAGAGAGGAAUGUGUGAAUCUCAAGCAGCAUCUACAAGAUCAUGUUGAUUUCAGCUGUGACUAUUGCUGCACAACAGACAAAUGUAACGCUGAUGAUGUCCCCGCUACAAACACACUUUUCAAGGGCUCGGACUAAUGAAUGGGCAUGUUAAAAAGGACUGCACUCUGAUUUGAAUAUGUUACUUAGUGGCGUAGAUAACAGAUAUACUUAUUUAAAUGGCAUUACAAGCAUGUGUAUGGUCAGUCAGCUUAUGGUAACUGAAAAGACUCCAACAAUCAAAGACGACGGAUAUUGUGAAAAGAAGAUGUAAGCAAAAUCAGAAUUGUAAAUGAACAUUGAAAACAACACAAAAAUAGUCCAAAUCAAAUAAUUCUAUCAAAUUUUAUACCACAAAUAUAUGAAUGUACCACCUGGCGGCCAUUAUGAAAUGAGACAGCCAUUUGGAUAUUCAGGUGGCUUGCGUUUGUUUGUAAAGUGUGUGUCAUCAUUACACCUAAUUUUGGAAGGAAUGUAAUUGAUGGAAUGCACUUUAGAUUAAAUUACAAUAAAUCUCGAGUUGCACCAUCAUUCUGUGCAACAAAAACUUCAA